AGUCCCGGCCGCGCUGCCAUGCCAUGCUUGCCGCUGUCGUUGGUACCCACGCACCGCACCCGCUUUCAGUCUUGCACACAUGGAUAGCGUCUUGAGCUCCGUGGCAGACGAUGAUCCAUACGACAAAAGAGAGCAGUUUCUCCGACGUUAUAGUCGACGGUCCACGUCGUUCGUCCCAAAGAGCUGUGCUCACCAACGUGCCGCCGCUCGUAUUUCUCCCGCGGCCCCGGCAAGAUGCAUACCGCAAAAGGCAUCCGCUGGCAUCCGGCGUAUUCAUGAUGGCCGCAAAGCCGCCGCGCGCACCGAGCGAACAACGACGCUCGAGGGAAAUUCUUCCCAAAUCUCCAUCCACUCUGCGUUCAGCACGUCGAAUGGCCAAACUCCGCCCGCGAUGGACUGUUCCGCACCUCCUGCGAUGACAGCUGCCAUGGGCUACCAUGCCGCCCAUCGUGCGACCUUCCACGUUCAAGAAAGUAUCGAGCAUGCGUACGGCCCGGCCAUCGCUCGUCCAGCGAGGUAG